AUGCAAGCUAUCAGGUCUCUGUUCUUCUCCAAAUGGUCCUCAGAUGAGCGCCUGGAUGGCAAAACUGCUAUAGUAACAGGGGGCAACACUGGAAUAGGCAAAGAAACAGUGCUCGGAGACACGAAUAAAGGAGAACAGGCUGUUUCUGACAUCAUGAGGGAUGUGAGCGGAGCCAAGUUAGUCGUCAGGCAGCUGGAUCUGGCUGACACCAAGUCAAUCUGUCUGUUUGCUGAGAACAUCUACAACACGGAAAAGACUCUUCACUACCUGAUCAACAAUGCUGGCGUGGCUAUUUGUCCUUAUGACAGGACAGUGGAUGGUUAUGAGAUGCAGUUUGGAGUCAAUCACCUGGGCCACUUCUUUUUGACUUUCCUCCUGCUGGACCUGCUGAAGCACUCUGCGCCAUCCCGCGUUAUCAACCUGUCAUCAGCCGCUCACGCCAUGGGAAAGAUCCAGUUCGACGACCUGAACGGAGAAAAGCACUACCACCCCGUCAGGGCCUACGCUCAGAGCAAACUAGCCAACGUGCUAUUCACCAGGGAGCUGGCCAAAAGGACCGAGGCCAUAGGCAUCAUGGUGUUCUCUGUCGACCCUGGUGUGGUGAACACUGAGAUCACAAGGCACAUGAGGCGCCCUCUAGUGGACAUAGUCAAGACCUUCAGUUUCCUGAUCAGGACCCCAGCAGAGGGAGCUCACACCACCAUCUACUGCACCGUUACUCCAGAGAAACAGUUGGUCACUGGUGGGUUCUACAGGAACUGCGGCUAUGCAGACAGCUGCAGGGCAGGCCAGGACGAUGGCACCGCCUUGAAGCUGAGUGGUUGCUGUCACCAUUGGACAUCUGAGGAGAGGUUAGAUGGGAAAACAGUCAUCAUCACGGGAGCCAACACUGGCAUUGGCAAAGAAACUGCCAGGGACUUGGCAAAGAGAGGUGCCCGUAUCGUUAUGGCGUGCAGAGACCUAGAGAGGGCAGAGGAAGCACGGAGCGACAUCUUGGAGGACACCGGAAAUGAGAAUUUGGUCAUCAGGAAACUGGAUCUGUCCGACCUGAAGUCCAUCAAGGCCUUUGCUGACGUCAUCAACAGAGAGGAGAAACAGGUGAAUAUCCUGAUAAAUAAUGCGGGCAUCAUGAUGUGUCCCUACUCCAAAACAGCUGAUGGGUUUGAAAUGCAGUUUGGAGUCAAUCAUUUGGGCCAUGUCCUGUUGACCUACCUGCUACUGGACCUCAUCAAGCGUUCGGCUCCCGCCCGCAUCGUUGUGGUGGCAUCGGUGGCCCACACCUGGACCGGGCUUCGACUGGACGACAUCAACAGCGAGAGGAGUUACGACACCAUGAAGGCCUACGGGCAGAGCAAGCUGGCCAAUGUCCUCUUUGCACGCUCUCUGGCAAAGAGGUUACAAGGCACAGGCGUGAGUGUGUUCUCUCUUCACCCGGGGGUGGUCCAGUCUGACCUGUGGAGGCACCAGCACCAGUGCAUCCAGGUGGCAGUCAAGAUCUUCAGGGUUUUUACCAAGACAACAGUGGAGGGAGCACAGACCACCAUCUACUGCGCUGUAGAGCCAGGUCUGGAGAGCCUGAGCGGAGGGUACUUCAGCGACUGCGCCCCUGCGAGAUGUUCAAGGAAUGCCGCAGAUGACGACUUGGCCCAGAAGCUGUGGGAGGUCACUUGCAACAUGCUUGGCCUCACCUGGCCAUAGAUCCUGGAAAAUUAACUGUGCAGCGAAUGGCACUGUGUAAACAUCACCUUUCACAAGCCCUGUUAAGCACUUUUAUAGAGCUGUCGGUUACUCUUGUAAAAAUGCUGUAUUUUAUGACUCAACGUAAAGUAGAAUCCAAAAAAAACAAAAAAACAACAAACAGCUCCAAAGUUCUUCUUUGUUUUAUAUAUUAUCAAGGACAAAUCAUGUGUUGUAACCACACAGUAUUAUCAUAAAAAAUGCAUGAUGGGUAUUCAUGUAUAAAGGAGGUUCUUUUCUGUUAGUAGAACUGCACAUUGUCAAAGAACAAUUUGUUUGUAUUAUCUAUUUUAAGUAAACUUCCUGACUGAUGUGAGAGCAAUCUUUAUUUAGAUUAGGUUCUAUUGAGAGGGAGGAUGUGGCUCCAUCUUGACACAUCGUCCUGCUUUGGAUGGAAUAGAAUUGAGGCAUCAACCUUACUCAUACAUUUUCACUUUGCAAUCUCGGAAUCGAUGCUCACUGAACAACCGUCUGACCUCAUAUACAGGCUAUAGAACAGCCUAUAAAGGUUAAUUAUCACUCCUUUUCAGUUGACAUUGCCCUUGUAAUUCAAAUCAUUGCUCUACACAUGUGGCUGUGUUACAGAUUACAACAAAAUGUGUUAGGAUUUUAAUCAGAAUGGAUUUGUAUGGAGGCAGCAAACCAAACCUUUAGAGAUUAGAAAUAUGUUAUGUAGAAACUUUGCCACAUGUAAAGAUUACACAUAAAAUACUGCCGGGCUGUAUUGUGUCUUACAACUGAAUGUAUUUCAGUUUCUGCUUUCUGUCAGUAUGACUGAUGUGAAUGCAAAAAGUUACAGCAUUAAGUCAGAUUCAAUAGAUUAGAAAUGAAAGCUAUGAAGCCUUUAAGCCUUGAAGUCAACAUCACUCAAUAAGAUAACUAACUCUAACUCUGCGAUCGGUUUGUGACUGCAACAAUCAAGAAAAGCAACUGUGCAAUCCUGCUACUGGUACACCAUAGUGUAAGUAUAAUAGAGAGAGAGAGUGUUUAAGUAAAAUAUCAGCAUAAAUCACUAUGAGUCUUAAUCUAAACCACAUGACUUGGUACUGAUUACCAAAGGAAUGUGGUUUGUAUAAGAAGUGUGGUUACAAGAGACUAAUGUUUUGUCCUGUUGUAACAGUGCCUAAAAAAAUAAAAAGUUCUUUAAAAAAGUCGACUUUUAGUCACUGAGCUGAGCUGUAGUAUUUUCAAGAAAAAGUAAAGUCUUAGAAACUGGCUUUGUCUCCUGUUAAAUAGAAAAAAGUCCCUUUGGAAUAUUUGUUGAAUCUUUAUCUGUGUCUCACAUUGAAUAGCUGCUUUUUGUGAUUUCCA